GUCAGUCGAUCGUUUCGCCGAUACGUCGCGUGUCGGUUCGUUCGCGCUUCCUUCCUGCGUGUUAUUUAUUCGUUUACCGUCGAUUUUUCUACGCGUCUUUUUCUCGCGUAUAGUAACGACUAACUAUAAUUUAUUUCUGACUGUUCGAUAGUAUUUUCGGUUUUUUUUUUUCAAUCGAUUAGAUUUAUUAUUAUUUUUUAAUUUGUCCGUUUAGAUCGUCAAAUAAAUUGUCACAGAAAUUAAUACUAAUUAAUAUACGUCGUUCGGAUCGCGCGAUCUUACCGAACAAUUACAACGAGUGUUUUUUUUUUCGAUCACCCAUACGGAGUAUAAUACACUUACGCUGCGUAUGCGAUUCGUUUAGAAAACAGCGAUAGUAGAUAUUAAUAUUAAUAUUAUAUUUAAAUAACAAUGAGGACUCGUAUCAUGUUCGCGAUAUUGUUGCUGUGUUUUGGUAGCGCAUUAUCCCAGUCCACAGUUUCUUCAGAUAAGCCGGUUUCGACCACGACCAGACGGCCAAUACCUCAUGUCGAAUGUACACUACGACAGCAUACUUGCGGCAAUGGUAAAUGCGUGCCACUAGCGUGGAUGUGCGACGGCGAUGACGAUUGUGGCGAUAACACUGACGAGCUACCCGAUUUGUGUAAAACAGGAAUGGCAAAUGUCACGUGUUCAGAAAAUGAAUUUCAAUGUAGAAACGGACACUGUAUAGCGCUCCACUGGCAAUGUGAUAACGAAGCAGAUUGCAAAGACGGCAGCGACGAAGACCCAAAAAUAUGCCAAAAACGAGUAUGCAACACGGAUGAAUUCACUUGCCGUAAGGCCAAAGGCGAGUGCAUUCCGCUGACAUGGAUGUGUGACGGCAAUCCCGACUGUUCGGAUGGCUCAGACGAGAAGGAGUGCAACGAAACAUGUAGAGACGACGAGUUUACGUGUGGCAACGGAAAGUGUAUUCAAAAGAUUUGGGUGUGCGACAGAGACGACGAUUGUCAAGACGGCACAGAUGAGCUCAACUGUCCCAACAUCACCUGUUCCGAGUCCGAAUUCGCGUGCGUCAAAGACAACACUUGCAUCACGUUGAACUGGCGUUGCGAUGGCGACUUCGAUUGUACCGACCAAACUGACGAAAUCGGUUGUGCGGAAACUACCAGAGUGUCGCAGUGCCGUUCUUCCGAGUUCGAGUGCGACGACCACAGCCACUGCGUCAUACAGUCGUGGGUGUGCGACGGCAGCGUGGACUGCGCCGACGGAUCGGACGAAGCGCCGCACCGAUGCCACAACACCACUUGUCGGUCCGACCAGUUCCGUUGCCGGGACAACACGUGCAUUCCCGGAUUCCUCCACUGUUCCGGUACGCCCGACUGCGCCGACGGUAGCGACGAAGAAAAUUGCAAAGAACCAGUGCACAAAUGCGACCCGUUCACGGAGUUCGAUUGCGGCAACGACGAGACGGGCGGCAUAUGCAUACCCUUGGAGAAAGUGUGCGAUAAGAACAUGGACUGUCCCGGGUUCGAGGACGAGGAACAGGAAGCGUGCAACGUGAACGAAUGUUUGAUCAACAACGGAGGCUGUUCGCAGCUCUGUAUCGAUUUACCACACACGUUCCGCUGCGCCUGCAAGCCCGGCUACAAGCUCAUCAACAACAACACAUGUGACGACGUGAACGAAUGCGAGAUCGAAGGCAGUUGUUCACAAAUAUGCAUCAACGAAAAGGGUACGUACAAAUGCGAAUGCGAGCCGGGAUACCUGCGGGACCCCCAAGAUCACACUAGAUGCAAGGCGAUGGAAGGACACGCGUCCCUCUUAUUCUCCAUGCAACACAAUAUACGGAAAAUAUCGUUAGAUCAUCACGAGAUGUCCGCCAUAAUCAACAGCACGAAAUCUGCCACCGCCAUCGAUUUUGUAUUCCGCACCGGGAUGAUAUUCUGGGGAGACGUAUCCGAAAAGAAAAUUUACAAAGCGCCGAUCGACGAAGGUCGAGAACGAUCGAUCGUUGUGGAAAGCGGCUUGUCAUCAGCCGACGGUUUAGCCGUGGACUGGAUUUACGGGCACAUCUACUGGACGAACGCGGACAGGGAUUCGAUCGAAUUGGCCAACUUCGAGGGCAACAUGCAAAAGACGCUUUUCAGGUCGGAACUGAAGGAGCCCAGGUCUAUAGCCGUAGAUCCACUCAACGGGUGGCUGUACUGGAGCGAUUGGGGCAGCAACGCAAAAAUUGAACGGGCCGGAAUGGACGGCACGCACCGCGAGGUGAUCGCCUCGUUUGACGUGAAAUGGCCAAACGGCAUUACCCUGGACCUGGUGUCCGGCCGGCUGUACUGGGUGGACGCCAAGCUGCACACCAUAUCGUCGUGCAACUUUGACGGCAGCCAAAGGCGUUUGGUCUUGUUCAGCACCACUUGGCUACCGCACCCGUUCAGCAUAUCCACGUUCGAGGACUCGCUGUAUUGGUCCGACUGGAACCAAAAGGCGAUAAUCAAGGCUAACAAGUUUAACGGUUCCAACAUCACCACGGUCACCGCCCUGCACAUGACUCAGAACCCAAUGGUGGUGCACGUCUAUCACCCGUACAGGCAACCGGACGGCGUUAACCACUGCGCCGCCGUCAACGGCCACUGUUCUCAUCUGUGCCUGCCGGCACCGCAAAUCAACAGCAAGUCGCCGAAAAUCUCGUGCUCUUGUCCCAACGGUCUGAUGCUGAUGUCCGACGGUCUGAUGUGCGCCGAAGAAGUUAAGAACAAAACGGUUUUAUCCAAACACACGAAACACAGACAUUAUAAAAAAGUCAAUAUUACGCUGUUAAAUACGAACAGAACGAUGACGGAAGUAAACGUCAACGACCACCCCGAACCAGAGGACAGCGGACUCAUAGCCGCCAUAAUAAUAUUCUCCGGCUCGCUAUUGAUCACUCUCGCAGCCCUGGGCGCUUUCCUGUUGUACCGGCACUACUUGCAUCGCAACGUGACCAGCAUGAACUUCGACAACCCGAUCUACAGGAAAACAACCGAAGACCAGUUCACGCUGGAGAAGAGUCAGUAUCAACCGGCGAGGGUAUACCCCACAUCUGUCGGCGAGGAGGCCGAAGAGCCGUUGACUCGUCCUGGCACGAACGAGUACGUCUAAAGUAUAGACCGUUUUAGUUUCUCUGCACACAACACUAGUCAAUGAAAAAAUAAAAAUAAACAAAUUACAAAUCGCGUUGUUCACGACGGAGCGCAAUUUGUGCCCAGCCCACAACGAAAUAUCUGGCGAGUUACCAAUUUCAUGCGCAAAUGCGCUCAAAUAGUGUUCAACUUACCGAACGACUUAUUUCUUCUCCGUAUUUUUUCUUUCUUUUAAUAUUAUUAUUAUUAUUAAUUUCAUGUUGUAUAACUUUGUUCAAAGUCUUCCCAGCGUUUUUCGUAUACAUAUAAUAAUAUAAUAAUUAUUCCUCACGCCAAUAUUUAAACGAAACAGUUCCUAUUGUAUAUUUUUUUUUAAGUUAUAUUAUUAAUGUUUGUGUAAAAAAAAGAAAAAAAUAAUAUUUUAUUUAAGCUAUGCGGUUUGCCUUUAACGACUGAGGUGUAAGUGCCAAAAUUUAUGAAUUGAGUUUUUUUUUUUUUUUAAUUUAUUAUUGUUUGUUGCUCAAAAGUAGAAAUCCUUUGAUCUGCAUCAGUUCGCUCGUUGUUCAAUUAUUUUAAUCAGUAAAUUUGUUGUCCCUUCUGGUUUGUUUGGAAAAGUAAUAUAAAAUAAUUAUUGUAAUUAUAAGGAAUUUACAAUAUAUGUAUGUGUAUAAAUAAAUAUAUAUUAUA